GCCCUGCAUGUGUGGCUCCGGACCCGUGUGGCGCUACGUACAUCGAAGACAAGCCGAGGCGAAGGGUUUGGAAGACGAGUGGGCUGCGGCCGACGAGUGCGUGUGUCGUGGGCGGAAGUCGCCCAAGUGCAUCUCGUUGUCUCUCAUCGUCAUCCUUCAGCGGCUGUGCAACCACCUGGAGCAGCUGAAACCCGACCCGCAGCCGCCCAAGGAUUCGGCGGAGGCCGAGCAGCAGGAGCUCAUGCGAGAGCUUUGUGAACAUGCAUUCCGAGGAAUUGAGCACAAUCUCUGCACACAGAGACGAGUUGCCAACCGCUUGCAGCUGGGAGAUCCAGAGGCAUGCGGAAAGAUGCAGGUUCUGUUGCCUCUGCUGAAGCACUGGCGCCGCAGAGGGCAGAAGGUGCUCGUCUUCUCCCGGAGCACAAGGCUCCUUGACAUCCUCGAGGCCUGCCUUUGGCAGCAGGGAUG